GUCCAAAUGCAGUGUUAAAAAAACGGAGGGCGGCAGCGCUGCCGGCCAGCAGGUCAAGCUCGGGGCGGGGGGAGGUUCUCCGGCCGGCGGCGGCGGCGGCGGGAGGGAGAUCAAUAACCCUUUGGCGACCGAGAACAUGUCUGCGGCGGCGGCGGCGGCGGCGGCGCCCCCUCGCUGGCCGAAAUGUCAAGCCCGCCGCCGGAGGGGCCGCUCUCCAGCCGCCGCGCCGAGCUCCUCCCGGGCGUAUUAAGCUCCCGUCGCUGGCUGCGGGAGCCCGGCGCCCCGUGGCUGCUGCCGCCGCCGCCGCCUCUGCCUCUGCCGCCGCCGCCGCCUCCUCCACGCCAACCUCCUCCUCCGGCGGCGCCUGCAAGGUGUAGCUGCUGCUGCUGCCGCCGCCGCCGCCUCUGCGCUUGCUGGCGGCGGCUCCUUCCGAGCGCGCAAGCCGCCGCCGCCGCCGCCGCCGCCGCCUGGGAAGCAGAAGGGGAGGCCGCCGCCGCCGCCGCCAGCAUGCCGGCCAUCAAAAGGGAGCGCCCGGACCGCGAGGAGCUGGCGCUGGCCGCCUUCCACCAGCCCAUGGAGGCGCUGCCGGAGUACUUGGUCCCCUUGGCGGCCGCGGCCGCCGCGGCCGCCAUCCCGGUGGUGACCCCGCACCCGCCGGCGUACGAGCACCUCUUCGCCGCCGCCGUCGCCCAGCAGCAGCACCAGCAGCAGCAGCGCGCCUACUUGGAGUUCCACGCCGCGGCCGCCCCCCCGCCGCCCCUCCCCGAGGAGCUGGUGCUGGAGCGCUUCUCCUCCGCCUCCGCCGCCUCCGCCGCGCCGGACUUCCAGCCCUUCUUCGACCGCGGCGAGCCGUGCCUGGAGGUGGAGUGCGGCGACAACCGGGCGCUCCUCUACAUUCGCAAACUCUGCCAGGGCAGCAAGGGGCCCUCCAUCCGCUACCGGGGCGAGUGGCUGACCCCCAACGAAUUCCAGUUCGUCAGCGGCCGCGAGACCGCCAAGGACUGGAAGAGGAGCAUCCGGCACAAAGGGAAAAGUUUGAAGACUCUUAUGUCCAAAGGAAUCUUACAGGUACAUCCACCAAUCUGUGAUUGCCCUGGGUGUCGAAUUUCGUCUCCAGUGAAUCGGGGGCGCUUGGCAGAAAAGAGGACAAUUCCCUUGCCUCCCUCUCGGACUCCGAAAAAAGAGCCGCCUUCUAUUUUCUCACACAGCGACAACCACAAGGAGGUUGAGAAGAUCAACGGCCAUCACCCUAAUGUCAAACAGGAAGAGGAUUUGCAUAUUAGUAUCAUGAAAAGAAGCCAAAACAGUGAUCUCACCUCCUUCCUCUCGAAUCUUCACCAGAGCCGACAGCUCGGCAUGCCCGAGACGCAGAGCCGCUGCGAGUUCAAGAGAAGCAGCAUCGAGGUCGGCUCGGGAGCAGCAGAUGAAGUUUUAGGCAAGAGGAAAGCGUGUCUUCCCGGGAGCAACGGAGGGUGUCUCUUAGAGAACAAAAAAUCUCGAAGCGAAUCUCCAAAAGAAAACUCCCACACGCCCCUGUUGGAGGGGACAGUGACUCAGAUGACUCCAGAGGAAGAUUACAGGCGGAUGAUGUCGGCGCUCAACGAACACAGCACUUUUGAGGAGCAGCAGCAGCAGCGUCUCUACCAGUUGGCCAGCGGGCUGUCUGUCCCAAGCCACAGUGAUAUCCUCCGGGCGCGUCAAGAGGCCGCAUCGCGAAACCCCAGCAGCAUUGAGCCUCACCUGGCCUCUGCCAGCAACUCAUCCAGCCAGCGCCGAAAGCAGGGACUCCCUCAGCACCGGGAUUCGCACUUCAGCGAGAGGGAGAUGUCCCACCCGCCGCCUCUGCUGUCCCCUCAGAAUGCACCCCACAUCGCGUUAGGACCUCACUUGAGACCCCCGUUUCUAGGGGUGCCUUCGGCUUUGUGCCAGACACCGGGCUACGGCUUCCUCCAGCCAGCCCAAGCAGAGAUCUUUGCACGUCAGCAGGAGAUGCUCAGAAAACAGAAUCUCGCCAGGCUGGAGAUGUCAGCGGAAAUUAUCCGGCAGAAGGAACUAGAAAAUCUUCACCGCCAGCGGCUCUUGGCUAGCGACCCCAUGACUUUGCACCCGGGCCUGCCUCCUGACCACCCGGCCUUGCGCAGCCUCCACGACAUCCCAGAAGGCCACCCACUUCGGGACGAGCUCUCACGGAGGAAUGCCAUGUUGGUCCUCCGGCAUAACAAUGCUCCACUGCUGUCGCUCAACCACCACGGAGUCCCCACCGCCUCCACCACCCCUCCGAAGGAGCCAGGGGCACGAAGAGGCAGCCGGAAGGCCGUGCACCCUCGCUCCGAGGUGCCGGGCCAGAGCGAAUCCAAAGACUUGCUGGACAGCCGUCCCCCGGACAGCAACAACGAGGAGAUGAAGGACUCAGAGAGCGACGCCGAAGCGGGCGACGAGAAACCGGACACUCUGAAGGCCGAGAACACCGGAGUGGCCGGUGAGGUCAAAGAAUGCAAAGAGGUGGCAAAGGCUUGUGAGGGCACGAAAGAACUGGGCGAGCUGUCGGCUGGGCCAAAUGCCCCCUGCAGCUCCUCGAACGCGGAGUUGCCCAGCUAUCUCCUGGGCCCGGCCAUCAGCAAAUCGGAGGUGAAGCUGCUCCCCACGGCUUCUGUCCCGCCACCCCAGCCGCUGCCAUUUGGCUUCCCGUAUACGAUGAGUCCGUAUUUCCACGCAGGCACAAUGGGAGGUCUUUUUCUGGAUGGGGAGGAGAGCCCGUCGGCCGCGUUGCAAGAUGUCAGCAAGUGGACUGUGGAGGAUGUGUGCAGUUUCGUUGGCUGCCUCUCCGGCUGUUCAGAAUACACUCAGGUCUUCCGGGAACAGGCCAUUGAUGGUGAGACAUUGCCCCUGUUGACGGAAGAGCAUCUACUGAACCACAUGGGCCUAAAACUGGGGCCGGCCUUGAAAAUAAGGUCGCAGGUGGCCAAGCGGGUGGGCCGCGUGUUCUACAUGGCCAGCUUCCCGGUGGCCUUUCCGCUGCAGCCCCCGGCCCUGCGGCCCACCGAUGGCAACUUGCCUCCCACAGAGCUUCGCCCGGCCUCCACCGGAAGCGUGGCUUCGUCGCCCUACGGCGGGACGCUUCUCCCCAGCCGGGUCUCACCAAAGCAGGAGAACGGGACCCCCUUGAUGGCUCUUGGCGACCCCACCAAGCCCCCGUCGUAACCCCCCGCCUCUCCUCCGCAGUCUGACAUUUCACAGUCUGAAGAAGCAAGCCCACCCAAGAGGCCGCGUGGGACUUUUCUGAAUUAGGGAAUUGAAAGAACGGACGGGAAGUUUUUCUGGAUUAGGGAAGGUGGGAGGAACGAAUCCAAAGAGAUAGAUGAAGGAAGGAAGGAAGACACGCAGACACGCUCGGAGAUGGAGGGGGCCCGCCUGCCUUCUCUCCUCCAUGUUGUGGAAAUACACCUUGGCAGAAGGGCCAAUGGGCGGAUCCAAAGGAGAAAGGAAACAUCCCCCCCCCUUCCUUUUUCUGGGGAGAAACAUCCCUGGCUGGAACCGGUACGACACAGUUCCUUCUUUGGGAGGUCUAUGCAUCACUAGCAACUUUUGAAAUAAUACCAAAGACAGACAAACUGAUCCGGCACUGAAAACUCCUCCGGUCCGUGUUUACUUCAGCUCGGAUGGUACAGCACAGCCAAGCUCUGUGGGGCACCUUCUCUCUUUCUCUUUGGCUUUCUGUGUCUCUCUCGGUGUGCGUUGUUGGUUUUUUCCCCCAUCCUCGCAUAUCUGGGUGUUCGCUGCUGGGAGGCUGCAGGGGGUCCAUCCACAGUUGGGGACCUGCCUGGGAAUUGUCGGGAGGGGGAGAAGAAGGAAGCAGAAGGAUAUUGUAGAGGGGUGGGGGUCCUGUUGCUCCCUCCUGGAAUGGGGUGUGUGUGUGUGUACACAUAGAGAGUUAUGCUCCGUUUUAAUUGGAUUUUGCGUGUGGAGGAUGUGUGCAGUUUUUCCCGGCAGGGCCGCCUGGCUGAGGAUGCGGAAUUGCACAUUUUCCCUGGCAUCCACACUCAGGCGUUGCCUAUCCAUGUUUAGCCCUUGCCAGCUUUCAACCAACCUGUGUGGGAGUUGGUGUGAAUGGGAGUGUGUGUGUGUGUGUGUCUCCCCAGUUUGUACAGCGGUGGAAAAAGAACGUGUGGCCAAGCUUGCCUGUUCUGUUUCAAGACACCCACACGUCCUUUUCCCCCCUUGUGCAUUUUCAACAGCACCAAAAUCAACUCAAGAUAGCUCAGUGGUACCUUAGCUUCUUAUGAUAUAUAUAUAUAUAUAUGUGUGUGUGUGUAUAUAUACGUACGUACAUACGUAUGUACAUAUAUAUAUGUAUGUAUGCAUACUGUCCAACUAUCCAUCACUUUUAAAAUUAAGGCUUUCCAGCAAA